AAAUAUUUCACGAACAUGUUCGUAGAUACCAAUACUACAAAACAAUAACACUUAUUGAAAAAUCGGUAACCUUGUGAAAAACGGGGAGGACACUUUUUACUCUACUCUAUUUCCAUGUCGCAUAAAUCACACGUGAAUUCGUUCGGAAUAAAACAAAAAUUAACGUCUCAUUUCAACCUACAACAAAACAAAAAUUUAGGGUUCUGUGAAUGUAGCACACAAAUAGUGUCACGAUUUGAAUGCUGCACCCAAAAAGGUGUUGAUCGCGGUGACAUAUGAAAGUGUUCGCCACGCUAAAUGAACAAAUUUUACACACACACACACACACACACACACACACACACACACACACACACACACACACACACACACACACACACACAAUCUUUGGUAAAUUUGGAAGCGUUCGUUGGUUCUUUUUUGAAGAGCGUAAAAACUUUCAAUUUAAGAGAGGUUUUGUUAGAAUGAUAGUGUGCUCAUAAGAAUGGUAGUGUGAGAGAAACGCACAAGUAAAAUGUUAUCAAAAUAUUUAUUGAAAUAUCUAGUAUCUAGUUUUGUAGCUACAAGCAAAAAUAUUGUUGUAAGGUUUUGUCUCUGCAUUCGUUCAUAUUCAAGUAAAUUGAAAAACACGUUAAAAUUUUCUGAAUACCUGGGAUAUGUAAAAAAAUCACCAUCACGCCAUCUCAUGGUAACAAAGGUGAACAGAUUUUUCAAUAGUGAAUAAUUUUUCGGAAAUAUUCCAGCGUAACAUCUCUUAAUUCGAGCAAAGAUAAAUAAUAAAGACAUGUACGUGCUUAUAAAUAUUUUAAAAAAAUGUGGUUCGUUUCCGGUACCUUCUGAAAUGACCGCAUUCACCGCUUGAUGGAGCGCGAGAUUAAUUGCAUUGUUAUCAUUUCAACCAAAGUGUGCCAUAAAAUAUCAAUAUAUACAAAUGAGCUACCGAAUCGAAAGUGUUCUCACGGUUUGACAUUUGCAUUAUGAAUGUAUGAUGGGAGCUCAGCAGUGCAACAAAUUUAUCACCAUAGGUGCCAGUUUCACGGAGGACCGUAGAUGUGCGACAAAAAGAGAUCGUGACUGCCAUGUCUGGAAAUUCGUUUGUGAUUCGAGUAAAAUGCACCCCGGUGGUGCGAUUGUCAUCUGCAUACAAUUGGCUUGAAGCCGAAAUUUUUGGUUCUUUUGGUUCUAGUUCGCUGUCAAAUGCUGUGUUUAAGCAGUGUUCACAUCUUUCUUCAUGCGGUUGCACCAACAUAAGGAAAUGAUUUCGAUGGAAUAUAAUCAAACGAUAACAAACCACUUUUUUUUCUUAUUCAAAAAGAGGUCAAAUCACUUGUUUUGCAGAGAAUACUAGACAAGAGUUAUAUUUAUAUUGGGUUUGAAGAAAUGAACUUUUGACACCAGUGUGGUUUGAUUGUAUGGUAUGAACGUAGCUUAAAAUAUUGUUGACAACAACGCCACCAAAACAAAAUGCGUCGGUUUCAGGAACCAGCUUCCUUAGCGGCGAGGUGGUAAAAAAUGUUUUUGCUUAUCGUGAAGUCUGCUAACACUGCUAUCAUGUAAACAAUGUGCACUAAACGGACUGCGUAAGUUUUGCGCGUUAUCAUAUACAUAUUUUUUUUACAUUUUUUAAAAUUCGUUUGCAUUAGAACUUCUACAAAUAGAAGCAUGUGUUAGGUUAGGAUGUUAGCCAAACGUUUCCUACAUUCUUGUAUGUGCUCGAGUCAGCCAAUGUUGAAAAUAACUUCCUAUAAUACAAAUAACCGAACAGCAUAUAUGCAGUUACUUUCCACUAAAAAUGAAGCAUGCUGGUUGUUGAUUCGAAACGCAUAUAGCAUAGAUGGUAGGGAUGACAUUCCGGCUCUGGGGACAUCGUCGUUGUUCAAUAUCAGAAAAACGAUCAAAGCGUCCAGUCUGGAAAACUCGGAAGGUUUCACUUGUAUACGAACAGUUUGUCCAAUAUGUAGCAGCGUUCCAGGACAGGACACAGAUCGUUCACAAAGUAUGAGAAAAGAAACAAUCUAUAUCAAUAAAACAACAGGACAUUUUACUUGUUCUGCUUGUCAAUAUUUGGGCCGGUGGGAAUACAUUGAAAAGUUUUUCUUGUCGCAUAGUAAAACUGCAAAAUCUAUGCUGGAGAUGCAGAAGCUCAAAGAUAUUUUUUUGGAAAGUAAAAGGUUUGAGGCCAAAGAUGAAAUAAAAUUUCCCGAUAGUUUAAUAAAUGUUGAUUAUAAUUUAGCUAUUGAGAUUUGCAAAACCUUCAGUUUAGAGGGUAUUCCAGCGCAAAGUUUAAUGCAAAUUGCCUGCAGUUGGGAUGACGCUAAUCAAUGUCUCUAUGUUCCUAUGAUAGAUGUUGAAUCUAGAAUUGUCGGGUACAAAGUUCUCAGUAAAGAUGUCAAUAGUGGAAUGCUAGUUGAGAAAACUAUCCCGGAAGCGAAUUGUUCUGGAUUAAUUUAUUUGAGAUGUACAACGGCGACUGUUGGUGCUUCAGUGAAACCAAGUUCCAAGGAGCUUUCUAAUGCUAUACUCGUAUUGAACAUUCAUGAUCUGCUCUCAUUGAGUGCAGCAAAAAUUAACGCGACUGCCAUUUGUCUUCCUCAUGAUCUGAAAAGUUUACCACAGCAGUGUUUACCAGGAUUAGAAAGAUAUUCGAAGUUAACAAUGUGGUUCAAUUACGAUACCGCCGGUUGGGACACUGCUCGGAAUUAUGCCAAAAAGUUAGACGAACGUCGUUGCCUUUUCGUCCGCCCUACGGAUGCUCAUCCCACACCAGCGAAAGCACUGUCCUUAGGGCUGGAUCUGAAAACAAUCUAUUCGAAAGCACAGCCGAUCAUACAUCAGUCGAUAACCACAUUUCAAGCUUUGCGACAAGAUGUUUUGAGUGAUUUGCAGAAUAUAGAUAAAGUGCAGGGUGUCAAAUGGAAACGCUAUCCCACUCUAAACAAAUUAUUAAAAGGUCACCGAAAGGGAGAACUUACUGUACUUACCGGCCCCACAGGUUGUGGAAAAACCACUUUCAUGUCAGAUUAUUCGCUUGAUUUAGCAUUACAAGGAGUUUCUACGUUGUGGGGUUCUUUCGAGAUUCGAAACACUCGGUUAGCAUCUACCUUAUUGCGUCAGAUGGCUGGUCGACCGUUAGAUGUAAAUCUAUCGGAUUUCGACUAUUUUGCGGACCAGUUCGAACAGCUCCAACUUUAUUUUAUGACUUUCCAUGGUCAGCAAUCGAUUAAAGUUGUCAUGGAAGCCAUUGAACAUACGCAGUAUGUGCACGACAUACAACACGUCAUUAUCGACAAUCUGCAAUUUAUGAUGGGCGUUUCUGAAGAGAGCAAGCAUAUAGAUCGGUACUGGAAGCAAGAUGCAAUUAUUGCCGCAUUCCGAACAUUUGCCACACGCAAAAAUUGUCAUGUGACUCUGGUAAUUCAUCCUCGGAAGGAACGUGAUACGGAAGAGUUGACAACAAGUUCGAUUUUUGGAGGAGCAAAAGCUUCACAAGAAGCGGACAACGUUCUGAUAAUCCAGGACAAAAGAUUAACUUCAGUUAGAGGUAAAAAGUAUCUACAGGUUGCGAAAAACCGCUACAGUGGGGACUUGGGUAUAUUGCCGCUUGAUUUCGAUAAGGCCAGUUUAAGCUACGCACAGAAACGGAAAAAGACUGAACCGUCGGAAGGUUUUACAGACGAAACAAAUGGAAUAACGACCAGUGAUAUUUAGUUAUUUGUAAAUUCAUAUACUUUAAAAAGUAUGCCAUAAAACCAAAAGUUUUCCUAUAGUGUAUAAAGUAAUUGAAAGUAUAAAUAGAAUUAAAGCUAUUUACACACAAUC